AUGCGUUUUCAUUACGCUAUCGUAGCGGGUCUCGCCACCCUUUCGCUCGCGGCUCCGCAGGGUGGAAUCCAAGAUCAAGUUGAUAGUGCCCUUGCUGAAAUCAAUGCCAAUACCAAUGGAAAUGGAAAUGGCAACGGAAAUUCAAAUGGCAAUGCCAACGAGAAUGGAAAUAGCAAUUCGAACAGCAAUAGCAACACCAAUGUCAAUGAAAACACGAAUGUGAAUGUCAAUGAUAACGACAAUCACAAUGGACAUCAUAGUUCCAAACCCGUCAAGCCAACUUCUGAAAAACCACCACCAACUUCCCAUAAACCUCCUCCAACCUCUCAGAGACCUUCCACAACGACCAUCAGAAGCACCAUCGAUAUCACUUCCACCAUAACGAUUCGUCCAACUAGUACCGUUCAACCCACCACUCGAUCAUCUUCUUCAACUGGCUCCUCAACCGGUACUAUAUCGGGUGUUACAACCAGCCGAACAUCAACUUCCAGUACCAGCAGAAGUACCUCUGUGUCGUCUUCAAGUACUUCUAGUACUUCGAGAAGCUCUUCUUCUACUUCUUCUUCUAUUUCUUCUUCUACUUCUUCUCCUACUUCUUCUUCCAUCUCUUCCUUAUCCUCGUCAGGCACUGGAACUGGCACCCGAUCUGGUCUCACAACCAGUAGCACAAGCUCCCGAACCGGUAGUGGUACCGGUGGAAAUUCCGGUAUCGUCACCUCGACGACCCCCUCUCCACCCGUCACCACCGCUACCAAUACCGGAAGCGGAACUGGCGGAAACUCCGGCAUCGUUACUACACCCACAACCCCGAUUGUGCCUCCUCCCCAAACAACAACCAAUGUUAUCCCACCCCCUCUCAUCCCAACAACCAAUGUUAUUCCCCCUCCUCUCAUCCCAACAACCAACGUGGUACCACCACCCAACACCAAUACCGGCACUCAACAAGGCAGCGUCGUUCCCCCACCCAAUACCAAUACCGGUACUCAACAAGGCAGCGUCGUUCCCCCACCCAACACCAAUUUCCCCGAAAUCACCAUCCUCCCCGUCCUCACCACAAUCACCACUGUCAACCCACCCAUCACAACCAUCACCUCUAUACCCAUUAUCCCCAUUUUCCCCAUCGUUCCUCUUACCAUCUCCGCCAACAACAGAGUUCAAACCGUCCAGGGUGUCGAAAUCACCGUCAACGGCGAAGCCACGGUUGUACCCGCCACAGAGGGUCCCGUCAAUAUCGUCUCCACAACCAUUGUUUCGGGACUUACCCUCACGACUACCAUUCCGGCUGGGGUCAUUACCACUUUUACAUCUGCCGGGCAAACAUUCACGACCUUGGCUCCUGGAGGCGGACCCGCUGAAACUAGUGCGGGAGCUAUUCUCGGACAGUUCACCGGUGGUGCUGAGAGAGUCAAGGCACUUGAAGGUGGUGCUGUUAUCGGACUUGUUGGGUUUGCUGUUGGAGGAUUAUUGUUACUUUAA